UCAGAUCGGGACUCUCUUCUCUCACUUAGAGGACCUGACACACACACACACACAGACACACACACACACACUGUUUCAUUCAUGUAUGAACUUAUGGAGUGUACUCACCUCCUGCUGUUGUGGAUCACUGCUCUGCUGCCAGGACCUCAAAGCUGCUUUAACAUUGACACAAGACACGCAAAAAUCAUCCAGGGCUCGAAGGAGGCACAGUUCGGAUACACGGUCCAACAACAUGAGGCCAAGGGGCGGAAAUGGCUCUUGGUUGGCGCUCCCUUUGAGAGCAGCGGUGCACACCAGACAGGUGACGUCUACAGAUGUCCAUUAGACAGCAAACCCAUCACAAACUGCACACGACUGCAUCUAGGAAAGAUAUCCCUGAACAACGUGUCGGAGCGCAAGGACAGAAUGAGGUUGGGAAUGACUCUCGCUUCCAACCCGAAGGACAACAGCUUUGUGGCAUGUGGUCCGCUGUGGUCGUAUGAAUGUGGAAGUUCCUACUACAGUACGGGCAUCUGUUCAAGAGUCAACAGCACCUUCAAAUUCACCCACAGCAUCGCUCCAGCAUUUCAAAGAUGUGAGACCUACAUGGAUAUAGUGAUUGUUCUUGAUGGAUCCAACUCCAUCUACCCCUGGUAUGAAGUUCAGGAUUUCCUGAUAAAUGUCCUACAGAAGUUUUACGUCGGUCCGGGACAGAUCCAGGUGGCUGUGAUCCAGUACGGUGUGCGAGUGGUCCAUGAGUUUCGUCUGAAUGAGUUUCGUACGGUUGAGGAGGUAGUAGCUGCAGCGCAGAAUAUCGACCAGCGCGGCGGCGAGGAAACUCGCACGGCACUCGGGAUUAACAUGGCUCGAACUCAAGCAUUCAAACAUGGUGGUCGGCCAGAUGCUAAGAAGGUCAUGAUUGUGAUCACUGAUGGGGAAUCACACGACAGCCCAGACCUAAAGAGCGCCGUGGAGGACAGCGAGAGGGAGAAUAUUACCUUGUACGGAAUCGCUGUUCUUGGCUCAUAUAACCGGCGUGGAAUCAAUCCUGAAGCUUUUCUGAGGGAAAUCAAGUUCAUAGCCACCGAUCCUGAGGAGCACUUCUUUAGCGUCACCGAUGAGUCUGCCUUGAAGGACAUCGUUGAUGCUCUGGGAGAGAAGAUCUUCAGUUUGGAGGGCACAAACCAGAACGGAACGGCCUUCGGUCUGCAGAUGUCCCAAGCUGGAUUCUCCUUUCAUAUCGUGGAAGACGGGAUUCUGGUUGGUGCGGUCGGGGCGUACGACUGGAACGGGGCAGUUUUGAAGGAAACCCGUCAUGGUAAAGUCAUCCCGCCCAAAUCCUCCUACCUGAAAGAGUUCCCAGAGGAACUGAAGAACCAUGGAGCAUAUCUGGGGUACAUGGUGUCCUCUGUGGUCUCAGCCCAACACGGUCAGCUGUACGUCGCUGGAGCUCCUCGAUUCAACCAUACGGGAAAAGUCAUCGUCUUCACCCUGACUAACAGCGGAAACCUCACCAUCCUACACUCUCUUCACGGACAGCAAAUUGGGUCGUAUUACGGCAGCGAAUUAGCACCACUUGAUCUGGACGAUGACGGUCUGACUGAUCUCCUCCUGGUCGGCGCUCCCAUGUACUUCCACAGCGGCUGGGAGAAAGGACGCAUUUACAGCUACGCCAUGAACUCACAAGGAAAUUUUAUACUGGACGGAACUCUUGGUCCAUCUGAACAGGCUCACGAUUCUCGCUUUGGCGCGGCCAUCUCCGCCCUUCCCGAUCUCAAUGGCGAUGGCUUCAGUGAGCUGGUAGUGGGUGCACCACUAGAGGACGACCACAAAGGGGCAAUCUAUCUGUUCUAUGGAUGGCAAAACAGCAUCCAACCCAAAUAUAAACAAAGAAUAUCCGGCAGUGAACUCUCCCCAGGUCUUCGUUAUUUUGGCCGAAGUGUACAUGGUAUGAUGGACAUUAAUGGAGAUGGGCUCAUAGAUCUGUCUGUGGGCUCUUUAGGGGCCGCAGUUUUGCUCUGGUCUCGUCCGGUCGUCCGCGUGGAGAUCAGCGUGAACUUUGAGCCGUCAAAGAUUAAUGUGUUUAAUAAAGACUGCAUUCGAGGAGGGCGAGAGGUGUCGUGUAUGUUGGCCAACGUUUGUCUGAACGCCACGGCACGGACACCAAUGUCGGAACCAAAAACUGUUGCAUUGAGGUACAGUUGUGCUUUUGAAGAGAGUGGAUAUUUCCCCAGAGCUUUGUUAGACAGCACAGAACUACAGCAGCCCAGAGACAUCAACAUGUGGCCGGACACUGAAUACUGCCAGCAAGUGUAUUUCCACGUACAUGAAGUGACAGACUAUACACGACCCCUGAUCUUCACUGUCAAUGUCAGCUUACAGAGCACAGAAGAGGGACCAGUGCUGGACGACGGGUGGCCCACCAGUCUGACAACAGAGCUUCCAUUCUGGAAUGGAUGUGACAAUGACGAUCUGUGUGUUCCGAACCUCAUUCUGCAGAGCAGCUCCGACUUCUUAGAUCGCAGGCAGUUCUGCGGGCGGCGUGAGCGGGCAGCAUGGCCGCUGUGUGUCCACCAGAGGAUGAGAGCGAGUGACGAGCGUGUGGUGGAGGCCGGCCGCAGGAGAGUCCUGGUGGAGGCACGUUUAGUGAACAGAGGAGAGAACGCAUACAACACGCUGCUGCACAUGACCAAUUCUCCAAACCUUCAGUUCUCCAGUCUAAUGGUGAAGGCUCCGUCAGAUGUCGCGAUUGAUUGUCCAAACCCUGACGAUCCAAUUCCCUUCCGUACAUGCAACGUCAGCGCACCAUUUAUGAAAUCACAAGCACAGGUCUAUUUUCGUCUUGAGUUUGAAUUCAGCAAGCCGGUCUUCUUGAACUAUGUUCAGAUCACUUUAAGGGUCUCCAGUGAUGGUGAGGAGAUUUCUCCAGAGGACAAUAUCAAUGACAUCUAUCAUACCUUGAAAUAUGAGGCCGACAUUCUGUUCACAAGAGAUUCCAGCCCAUCCCGUUUCGAGAUCAAACCCGAGCUAGCCCAGAAUGUCCCUAUUGGAACCGGACCCGCCUUCAACCUUUCCUAUCAGAUCCAGAAUCUUGGCCUGUUCCCCAUAUCUGAGCUUCUCUUCACACUAAACGUCUUUGCUGUGACUAGAAAUGCGAACGCUCUCAUGCACCUCUCCGACUUGGAUAUCGGCCAGACAUCUGGAUCACACUGUAAUGUUCCCCGUGUCAUCACCUCCAGUUCCUCCUCUCAGGAAGAUUUCUCCCUUAACACACAAAUGAACACUUCCACCAGUGACACGUUAUUCGUGCAGUGUAGAAUCAACCUGAUUCCUCAGGGAGACGUUAGCAUCACAGCGGCAGGAUGGCUCGACUAUCACGCGUUAUUAGCCGUGAAAUUUAAAAGGUUAGAGCUGAUUCUGAUGGCUGCAGUAGAACUGAGCUCCUCCAGUCCAAUGUUUCUACAUGAAGAAAGACCAAUGAGACACAUAAUCCUGGAGAUCAGGAAGGAGGAAGAUUACAGAAUUCCAGUCUGGGUGAUUAUUGGAAGCACUUUGGGUGGACUGCAGCUUCUCGCCCUGCUGGUGCUCGCGCUCUGGAAGCUUGGAUUCUUCCACAGGCAAAAGAGAAAGAAGGACGAACAGUCAACCAAUGACAAGUCAGCAGAGGAUCGGUAAUGCCAUGGCAACCGCGUGGCAACCCCUUCCACAGCCAAUCGCUCAGGGACUCUCCAGACACGGGUGUGUUGCAAUCAGCCAAUCAGCUGCUCCUCUGUACUGCCACGCCCUCCUGCACUCUGAUGAGGAACCAAUCAGCUUGCUUCCCUUGGCCGUGUUUGUGUGCCAGUUAAGACAGAAAGUCGCUAUUUAUGUGGCUAGAGAUUUUUUAUAUGCCAUAGUGAACGAAGGAUGACGGUUGACGGUUAAACUACAAGACAAAUGAUUUUUUUGAUCAGACGUUUGUUUGAGGAAAAUUCAGAGCAGACAAACAAAUAAAUCCACAAGAGUGGGACAUUUCUUGUCUUUGUGGUGCCGAUAAAAAUGUUUGUGAACUGUGACAAACCUCAGAUUGUGGAACGCAAUUGUUUAAAUGCAGUAAAUACUUGCACAUUGUAAAGAACUUUGAACUUGAAGUUUGUAAAAAGUGUUUUUUAAAAUAGAUUUCAGCAAUAAAAUGUAAUACACCAAUUAUAGAAUAUUUAACCAUAAAAUUAUUAAUAUCAUGCACCUUAAUACAUUUUGUUGCCACUUCAACUUCUGCUUUUUCAUCCAGUGAUAAUUUUACAUUCAUAUACAGUGUUUUCUGAGAUUCAGAAUCGAACAAAAUCUUUCCAUGUCUAUUUACCUUGUAUGGUUUUUUAUAAUUUUAGAUUGACUGUCCCAUAUUAGAAUGAGAAAGUACAGGUACUUUAGGGUAUUUAAAUAACAUGGACAUGAACUUUCAUACUUGAGAUUAACACUUAUGUAUACCACCAGCCAAAAGUUUGCUUUAAUUUGUUUCUCAUGAUCUUAAAAACCUUAUGAAUUACAAUUAAGAAUGAGAUGUUGUUUAAAAAAAGAAGUAUAGCAUGUCACACUACAGGAUAUUUCAUGGCCACUGUCAAGUCAAAAGUCACUCUUGCAAAUGUUCCAAUAGAAAUGUUCGCAUUUAGAAAUCAAUAUAUUGUCGGGGGUCUGGGUAUCUCAGCGAGUAUUGACGCUUUCUAUCACCCCUGGAGUCUCAAGUUCGAAUCCAGGGUGUGCUGAGUGACUCCAGCCAGGUCUCCUAAGCAACCAAAUUGUCCCGGUUGCUAGGGAGGGUAGAGUCACAUGGGGUAACCUCCUCGUGGUCGUGAUUAGUGGUUCUCGCUCUCAAUGGGGCGUGUGGUAAGUUGUGUGUGGAUUGCGGAGAGUAGCAUGAGCCUCCACAUGCUGUGAGUCUCCGCGGUGUCAUGCACAACGAGUCACGUGAUAAAAUGCGCGGAUUGACGGUCUCAAAAGCGGAGGCAACUGAGACUUGUCCUCCGCCACCCGGAUUGAGGUGAGUAACUGCGCCACCACGAGGACCUACUAAGUAGUGGGAAUUGGGCAUUCCAAACUGGGAGAAAAGGGGAUAAAAAUAAUAAUAAUAAUAAAUAAAUAAAUAUAUUCUCCUCAAAUCAUAUUACUGUCAUGAAAUGGCUUUACGGCUGUCAAAGACACUGUGGAGAUUCUAUAGCCACUCAUUUUAAUAAUCUUGCCAUUUAAAUCCAUGUGACAAAUGCAAUUGUUGACAUUGUAUUGCAUAUAUAGAUGGCGACUGAAUGUGUCAGAUGUAUUUUGUGAGCUUCAAGAGGCAGAAUAUUUAUUGUUACAUUUACGAGAGUGGGCUAUUAAUAUAAAACUUAAUCUUGUAUAUGAGAUCAGAGUCUGAACCAGAAUAAAAAGACUGUGUUUACCAUGUCUGGGUAAAAAGUAGGUGUUCUGAGUCAUU